CUGACCCUCGCGCUCUCUCUCUCUCUCGUCCACUUCAAUGGCCUCUCGUUGCAGAUCUUUGACGAAGCCGGCUCUCUCCCUCUUCAAGUCCACCGUCUGCAAGCCGACCCUGAAACCCACCUGCUCGCCAUCUCUCCUCACUGCUCGUUCGUCUCUCACUCCGACCAGGUCGUUUUCUCAAUUGGGUUGUCUUCAAUCGAUGCUCCCGUUGCACAUGGCGGUCUCGUCGGCGAGGCUCACUUCGUGCCUCGGCAUGGAUUCGAGGAGCUCGAGGUCGAUGUGUCAGGGUAUGCUCUGCAGUGCGAACCCAGGAGUUUGAUAAAUCUCCAAAUGUUUUGUGUUUGUUAUCUAGCUAGGUCUCAGUGUGCCUCGAUAAGGGAGCAGGAGGAGGAAGCGGUUAACUGAUGGAAACGCUGCCUCGUGUCUCUCAUUUUUAUUUAUGAAAUUGACAUUCUGGCAAUGCUCAGACCUAAAAUUGGUGCCGUGUAACUUGGCUGUGCAAUUUUCUGUUUCUUUUCGGACAAAAUGAGAUGAAACGAUGCUGUGGCACGGUUUCCUUAGGGUGCAUAGACUAUGUUAUCGUGUUUCUUUAGCUUAGAAUUGACAGAGAGGAUAAUUCAUCUUGCAGACCCA